AUGAGAACCGGCAACCCCGCUUCUGUGAGAUUCCAUUCGCCAGCCCUGCGGGAUCCAACGCCUAGUAGUUUCCACACGAACUUCCGUACAGCCGGCGAUGCGAUGAGCACCAGCAAGGGUGCGGUAAAUGAAACAACCAACGCCUCGAAGGCUUUUGGUUGCUUCCAACAAUCGAUCGAAGAACAAAGUUACCCUUCCACACUCUCUCUCACGAGCACUCUCUCUCGUCCUCAAUCAAAGGGCUCCCAUAGUAUGGUGCGAACGAGACCUCUUGUAUCGUUGUCGUUGUCGUUGUUACCGACGCUAGUAAGGCUCGGAACGACGAGCGUGACCGCCGACGCUUCCGCAGACUGCACCGUGCAGCUCGACGGCACGUGUGUGUCUUCGCUGCCACGACUCGAAUGCGGUGUGUACAUGGCGCCGAGUACUUUGGGUGAAGACACGAACCUGGGAAUCUACACGGGCAAGGCACUCCGGACGGACGACGUUGUCAACUUUCCAGAAAUCGCCAUUCCGCUGCUCUUCCGCGAAUGGGGCGAGCACGUCGAAGGGAUUGCCGACGGUGCACUCUGGGAUCGCUAUAUUUGGGAAGGCGAAGUCGCCGAUUUGGAAACCUACACCGAUCGCAACCGCAUCGACAACCGCGCCGUCUUUGUGCCGGGCGUUGGCUGCACCGUCAACUCGGUACUCGACAUGAACAACAUUGAGAGCACGCACGGAUCCACCUACGAUACCGCUGGCUUGCACCGAUCGCGGGAUCCCGGUACCGGUGCUUUUUCGCCCUACCACAGCGCGCUUACUACCGCCGUCACCGAUAUUGCCCCCGGCGCCGAGCUGUUCGCCUCCUACGGGGACUACUGGGUACCGUCCAUUCCGGGAGUGCAAGUCACACUCGAUGAAGUCCUCGAUGUGACCGAAGACUUCUUGCAGAACGAUUUGUACGAAUUUGUGCAGUCGCACCGUGACGCCGAUGCGCUCACUCCCGACGUCAAGGAAGCGCUCUUUGCUUUUGUCAAGGACUUUCCCCUGCCCAAUCAGCCUUUUUCUAAUCUGCCCCGCAACGUUCCCUGGGCCGACGUCGAACGGGCUAUCCACGAAGCCGGCACACACCGCAAACACACUGAUACGACAACUGACAAUGUUAGCGGCGAGUCCUCCGUUGCACGACAGUUCAUUCGGGAACAGUCGAUCCGUGAUCUAGCCUGGUUAGACGAACACGGCUACUGUCAGGAUCACCUGCGACCAGGUCGCUCCACACUACCCCAAGCCGGACGCGGGGCUUUUGCUACCCGUAAUCUCCCGGCCGGAAGCGUAGUCGGCUACGCCCCGCUCAUUCAUAUUGGACUACACGGGCGUGAAGUUUUACGUAUCACUUAUCCUCCCAGCGAACACGAUCAUCACGUUGGGAACGAUGACAACGACGGUGAGAACGGCACGACACCGCGCACCAGUUACGAUCUUGUCCUCAACUACAGCUUUGCCCAUCGCAAUUCAACCGUCAUACUUACACCCUACGGCGGAAUGUACAACUAGCGGGCGUGCCAACGUACAGGUGCGGUGGCCGGACAAAUCCUUGAUCGCUCACGUCCCAUCCUGGCUGGAACAAGACCCCAUAUUCUUGUCGGAA